UCUUCUGUGUUGUGCUCUUAUUAUGCAUCGUUCCCAACUCAGCGAUACAUUUGUAUAUGUGCAAUGAGAACAACUAUACAAGCUCUGAAUUCGAGAGUAAUUUGAACAUAGUUCUGAAUAAUCUUGUAAACAAUACGUCAUCCAAAAAUGGUUUCAGUACCUUUGUCUCGGGGCAAACCCCAGAUAGAGCUUAUGGUCUCCUCCAAUGUUGGCGAGACGCAACUGUGGAUCAAUGCUUCAGUUGUUCACAAGAAGCAAAUGUCACCAUUAGACAGAAGUGUGGAAAUGCCAGAGGUGGUAGAGCUUGGCUGCCCAAGUGCUUCAUGCGCUACGAGAAUUAUUCCUUCAUUGGAAUACUUGAUACAAAGACAAAGACUGCUCACACGGUUGAUCACGUAACUAAUGAUCCUUAUGGGUUUAGUACCGCGGUUAGGGUGCUUUUCAGAAAUGUAUCAGAUGAAGCCCUUCGAUCCCCAAUUCGAUAUUCUUCUGGAUCAACAACUACCUCUACAUUUUAUACUAUAUACAGUCAGGUUCAAUGUUGGAACGACUUAACUUCUGUUGAGGACUGUAAAACAUGCUUAACAAAUGCAAUUGGUGAGUUGUUAGAUGCGAGGGCCAACAGAACUUAUUUAGGAGGUAUGACUGGCUCUGGAAGUUGCUUUGCUCGCUACGAAAUAUUCCCAUUCUUUAAUCUAUCACCACCGAUUCAGCAACCACCAUCAUCACCUCUAACACCAGAAAUGUCUUCAGAUGAAAUAGGUAGAGCUUUGGGUAUUGUCGGCGGCUUAUUGCUUAUGUUACUGUUAUGCCUGUUUGCAUUCCGAAGAAAAUUCAAGUCUUUGGUAUUAUGGAAGCCAGCCUUCUUAAGGAAAGAUAAUCAAAAUACAGAAUCAGACUCAACAACCAGCCAGGAGAAUGAAAUAAUCUUCAACUUGGAAAAUAUCAAGGCUGCAACUAGAAUUUUCCAUGAUGAUAACAAACUUGGAGAGGGGGGUUUUGGCUCUGUAUACAAGGGCACAAUGUUAGAUGGAAAACAAAUAGCAGUAAAGAAGCUUUCUAUACGAUCAUUGCAAGGAAAAAAUUAGUUUUUAAAUGAGGUUAAAUUGGUGGCUAAAAUUCAGCAUCGGAAUCUUGUGAAGCUACUUGGGUGUUGCACAGAGCAAUCAGAACAGUUGCUUGUUUACGAGUUCUUGGUUAACAAGAGCCUUGACAAGAUACUAUUUGAUCCAGAGCGGAGCAAAGAGCUUGAUUGGCCAAAACGUUUUAACAUUAUACAUGGAGUAGCCCGUGGGCUUCUAUAUCUGCACGAAGACUCUCAGAUGCGGAUCAUUCAUCGGGAUAUAAAAGCAAGCAAUAUUUUGCUUGAUGAGAAAAUGGAGCCAAAGAUAUCAGAUUUUGGCUUAGCAAGAUUGAUUCCUCAAGAUGAGAGUCAUGUUGAGACAAGGGUUGCUGGAACAUAUGGUUAUAUGGCACCAGAAUAUGCUAUUAGUCAACUAUCUCCUAAAGCUGAUGUGUAUAGCUUUGGUGUUGUCAUUUUAGAAAUUUUAUGUGGAAGAAAGAACAUUGAUAAUAGAUUAUCCCCAAAUUUUCAAAGCCUCCUUGAAAAGGUAUGGAGAUCUUACAUUGGAGGAAAUAUUGUGGAUGUAAUUGAUAAUGCAAUUGUGGAGAGUUUCUCUAGCACGCAAGUUUCAAGAUGCAUGCACGUGGCUCUUUUGUGUACACAAGAAGAUGCAUCACUUCGCCCAUCCAUGCCCAUUGUAUUUACAAUGCUUUCAAACCCGGAUAUUACCAAUUUUCCAGAUCCCACAAUGCAUACUUACUUUAAUGUUAAUCAUAAACAUGUUCUAUCACAUACAUUACCAUCAACAUCUAUAGAUACUAGAACAGUUUCCCUUAUUCCAUCUACCUCGUUGGCAUCUGUUAAUCAUGUAUCAUUAACAGAUUUAAGUCCUAGAUAA